AUGCAGAGGGGAAACCAAACUGGUGUCUCAGAAUUCCUCCUCCUGGGACUCUCCAGCUGGGCAGAGCAGCAGCAGCUUCUCUCCGUGCUGUUCCUUUGGAUGUACCUGCUCGGGAUCUUGGGGAGUCUGUUCGUCAUCCUGGCCAUCAGUUCUGACCCGCAACUGCACACCCCCAUGUACUUCUUCCUCGCUAACCUCUCCCUGGUCGACGUCUGCUUCCUGUCCACCACGGUCCCCAAGAUUCUGGCCAAUCUCCAGAGCCACAGCAAAUCCAUUUCUUAUGCUGGCUGCCUGGUGCAAUUGUAUUUUUUCAUCCUGUUUGUAUGUCUGGACAGUUUUCUCCUCACGGGGAUGGCUUAUGACCGUUACGUGGCCAUAUGCCACCCUCUUCACUAUGCCACCAUCAUGAGCCCCCGACUCUGCGCCCAGACGAUUGCGGUGUCCUGGAGUGUCGGUAGUCUUGAUGCCCUCUUAAACAUCUUAAUGGUGGUCCGAUUAUCAUUUUGUGCAGAAAACGGAAUCCAUCACUUUUUCUGUGAUCUUCACCAGGUCCUAAAGCUUUCCUGUACCGACACCUUCUUUAACGAAGUCCUGGCAUACGUACUCCUAGUAGCUUUUGGUGUUGUUCCCCUCACAGGUCUUCUUUUCUCUUACAGUCAUAUCAUCUCUACCAUACUGAAAAUCCCAUCUGUCGGGGGAAGAUAUAAAGUUUUCUCCACCUGUGGCUCUCACCUGUCUGUGGUCUCCUUGUUCUAUGGCACCGGUUUGGGGAUCUACUUCAGCCCCAGAUCUAACCAAGCAUCCCAGCAGGGCGCGACAGCAUCUGUGUUAUACGCGGUGGUCACCCCCAUGCUGAAUCCUUUCAUCUACAGCCUGAGGAACAAGGACAUGCAACAGGCCCUGAGGAAUGUGUUCUGCAAGAAAACUCUUCUUCUGAAGCCAGUGACCUGUCCUCCUGGAUCUUAG